AUGAACAAGAGUAAAAAUUCUCAGAAUGGGUUCGCAAUGGUGUUCUUUAACAUUCUAAAAGCAUGCAUUGGUGGUGGAAUAUUGGAGUAUCCCUAUUUGUAUCAGCAACACGGAGUUAUAUUGGCCACAUUUUAUACAACACUUUUCGGUACAAUUUCACUAUUUGGUUGCAUCCUUUACAUGAGGGUUAAUGAUCACUAUGGAAAGAAUAACACGCUUUCAUCCAUUUCGCUGCACAUCUAUCCCAAAACCAAGGUCUGUAUAGACGCAAUCAUCCUCUUCAAGUGCUUCAUAGUCUUGCUGUCGUAUUUCUGUUUGAUUCACGAAUCAUUAACAACAAUUUGUAAUGACUUGAAUAUCAAAACAGCCGAUAUCCCACACAAAGGGUUCGCAAUGGGGUUUACGACAGUUGGAUUUCUCUUUACACUUCCAUUUGUAAUGGCAAAACACAUCAAGACACUUAAGAAGACAUCUUUUUUGGGAAUGGUUGGCGUAGUUAUGCUACUAAUUGCAUCUCUGAUGUUCUGGAAUACAGAUUCAGGAAGAAUGCAUACCAUUGGGAAAUCUUUGAAUCCAAUUACAAACCUGGGAUCAUUUGUGUUCAGUUACACCUGUCACCAGAAUAUUAUAUCAGUCCAUAAUGAAGCAGAUAUGAGCUAUAAGGAGUUGUGUUGGUCUAUAGCAGUAGUCUAUGGCUGUACCACACUCAUCUAUGUUACAUUUGGAAUGAUAAACUACUUCUGUUUUGCAGGAAGAACAAUAACGAACAAAAUAUUCGACACAUGGCCUGCUUCAAAUACCAAAACGACUGCGUUGACGAUUUAUACGAUCUUUCUGGUAGUUACGAUACCAUUACACGUGCAUCCAAUCAAGACACAGAUUUCAGAACUAGCGAAAAUCAGAAGCAGACUGAAAGAGAAGGCAUUGGGCGUAUUGAUUACCGUUGUACUCUUCAUAAUGGCGGUUAGUGGGCUAUUUAGCUUCAAAAAAGUGUCUAGAUUUGUUGCCCAGACAUUCUCUGCACUCCUGGUAUUCAUAAUUCCAUCAUUCUACUACCUGACGCAUUCUGGUAAAAAGAAGCCUGUUUACUGUGGGAUGGUUGUAUUUGCCAUAGCAGUCGGAAUACUCUGCUUGGUCAAAACAGUCCUGGAUAUCACGCCUAACUAG